UGCUGCUGGCACUGGAAUGGUAAUAGUCCUGUUUUCUUCUGGUUAUUUCUGCUGUCAAGGCCUCUCAAAUACUUGUAGCCUGGAUUGCCUUGCCUAUAAUGGAUACAAAAACAAAAAAGAGACCAACCUGGUUUAGUAAUCUUUUCCUGCCCUUUGUAAUACUAAAAAUCCUCCUACUCAGAGUCACCCUCUCUGUUCAUCCAACUGUACAUGCCCUUCCUAAUGUUUUCUCACCUAGUUCCUGCAUUAUUCUUUUCAUUUUUUGGGGUUGUUUAGGGGAAAAUACAGCAGCAUCUGUUGUGUAUAUACAUUAUUUGGUUUUACCUACAUACAGUGGAAAAAAAAAUGUUUUACUGUGUUUAAUAAAAAUUAUUUGACAGUGAUAAGUCACUUAAAAGGUACAAAAACAGCACUUUUUUCCAUUAUCAACUUUGAUUCACAUACUUGAAUAGAUGCAUGAUAAACAUCAGACAUUUUGUUUUAAGUCUCAAUAUUUUAAGCAUUUGUACAUUAUCUACAUAAUUAUGUAGGUCGAUAAAGUUAAGUGAUUACAACUAUACAAAAAGUACAGAUGAACUGAAAUGGUGCUGAUUCUGUACUUGAUGUGAAGAUGCAACUUAAGGUGCUGUGCUCUCCCUCUUGUGGUGAAGGUAGGAAUGUCAACAUGGUGCAGGGUGCUUCAGUUAAUGUAUAUUUACUUUAAUUGCAAAGUGGAUGUAGAAGAUGACAAAUAAGAUUACAUGUUGUCUUUAUGUCCAUGUUUCUAGUGAAAUGCUUUGUGUUAUACAUGUUUUCAUAUCUAACACCUAGUCCUUGUCCUGUUUGGCCCCUUUCAGAUGUUGCAGUGCCAAAAAGGAAACAGCUUGGGGCCAACCAGGUGCCUCCAUCUGGUGAGCAGCGUCCACCCUCUCCCCCCGGGCCGCCUCCGUCAGCUCUCGGAGACGCCCAGCAGGCUGGGUCAGAAGUCCAACCCAGCCAGGACAUCAGCCCUGCCGUGGCAGCCGCUUUGCUCCAGCUCAUCUCUCAGCAGGACUCUGAAGCUGGGGCCUCUCAGCGCAGCAAAAACCCCUCUCCGUCUGUGGACACUCCAGCCCGGGGACAGCCCCCUCCACCCUGGGUGGCAGACUCUCCGCCUAAGUCUUCGGCUGCAGCUGAGGCUCCAGCAGGACUGGUGACUGCUGCUCCUGCCUCCGCAGUACAGUUCCCUAAGGACCAGGACCUACGCUUUUCCCACGGAGCUGCCCGCUGACCCCUCGAUCCCCUGGUGAGACAGACCCGGGUAUCGUGGGACAGCUCCAGCAAUCCUCGCCUGAAUGGAAAAGGCAGACGGAGAAUGCAGAGGCACUUCCACAGAUUAUGACUAACUGGACCAUAAGCAGGUAGUGAAAGUUGAAUCAAAGAUUUUGAAAAUGAAUGUCACUUUGUGAUGGACUGAAAAGAAAGAGGUUAAGGGCUUUUUCAGGUAUGGUCAUGAACAUCACUACUCUCAACAAGCCGUAACGUGUUGCUUUGGUGGCAGUGUUAAGACUGGUCGGUCUGACCUUAAACAAGACAUUCGCCACCUGCAUUCCCUUACUCUUUCCUGUCCUCCGAAGGCCCUUGACUUGAAUGAAGGUUGGCUUCCAAAUUGAGCGCCAUGCAACUCACACUCAACUUUGAAAGCAGCUGUGAUUUGUCUUUUUUUUUUUUUUUUUUCUCCCUCCCCAAAACAAAUGAUUGUCAUGUCCACUGCAGUGCCCACUUCUAACAAGGUUAUCAGUGUUUUGGAAAAUCAAAUCCUCCACUCUGUGAUGAAAAGCCCUGGAGGAUAUGGCGAGGCUAAGGUGUUGUGUAUGGAUAGAUUUGAGGCACUGAUAAGAACACUGUUGAACUGUAAGUUUGCUGAUGAACUUUAAACGCUGGCUAGCUCCCCUGUUUUCAGCCUUAUGCCUCCUUGUGACCCCAGCGACCCCUGAAUGAGCUCUUAAGUGGGGGAAGUGUAGGUAAAGUUUCUGCUUUGGAUGGCAGGGUUGUUUUUCUUUGUUUUCUUUUUAAUUUUACUCAAAGGCGGUUCCAUAUUAUAUUAGCAGUCAACAAUCCACCUGAACUGCGAUGUGUUCUCUGCCCACUUGAAGGUUUUACUUCCUUUACAUACAGUACAGUAAUCCUCUGUGUAGUAUCAAGCCUAAGCCUGUAGUGCUCAUGUUCCUGUCUCUCAAAUAUGGAUUAAACCACCACUUAAUGACCCAACUGCUCCAUAAUACACACGCUAUUCUGCUAGUUGAAGUAUACAUACACACAUAUACACACACAUACACAAAGAAACAAGACUUUUCCGGCUCUUCCUGGUGGGCUAUGAAAGCUUCAUCUAACAUGUCUACCCUCCCUCCCCCCACCCCACCCCUCCGCCUUCCUGCCGACUUGUGCAUCAAAAGCUUUUUUUCUUUUUUUGGUGCAGUUAUUUUCUACAUAAAGAAAAUGAUACACGCUUAAAAAAAAAAAAUUGAUGGUCCAUGAUUCUGUUUCCAUUCUUUUUUUUUCUUUGGAAAAGAAAAGGGAGGAGAAAGUAGUUUCACGUGUCUGUAAAAAGAAAAGAAUAUUUUGUAAUAUGUGUUUUCUCGGUUCAGUUUAUUAAAGGAAGUUA